GGCCCCGCGCAGUGGUUCCUCACGCCCAGCGGCGGCUGGUGGUGCUCCACGUGCCGAAAGGUGCUCCCUGUUGGAAGCCCAAUGUACGGGAACCGCAAGUCGUGGGACAUGUGCGAGUCGUGCGCAAACAUUGGCUUCGAGGACGUGGCCGCCCCGCCGCGCUGGGCCGCGCCCGCGCCGGAGGCGUGGUCCAGCAGCACGUCGCCCACGGAGGCCAGCGCGGCCUGCGUCCCGGAGGCGCUCGCCGAAGGCCCCUGCCUGCUGCCGCCGGCGUACCUGAAGCCGAAGGGCGCCGCCUCCUGCGCGUCCACGGGCGUGUCCUCCACGGCGCGGAACGGCGGCGGGGACUUCCCCGAGCUGGAGUCCACCAUCUUCGAG